CCACUGCCCGCUUUUGUCGACUCCUCUCAGUGUCUGUUCACCCCCAUGUUCUCAUUCUCGGCGACUCAAUCCUCCCUUCAUUGACUUUGCCCUUCUUCUCUUCACCUUGAGAAGUAAUAGUCGAUCUUCCUUCACUGAACCCUCCCAAUUUGCUCUGUUUAGAGAAGCGUGGUUCUCUUCUCUGGGUGAGUACAGCUGAGAGGAUCGGCCCAGAGAUGGAAUUCGACGGAAGUCAGGCUCUAAUCAUCAUCCUUGCUUUGACUGUAGGAGGACUGGUUUGGAGACAAUUCACGAAAUGGAAGAGAAGGAGGGACCCGGAACCAACCUUGAGAACCGACGAUGGGUCUGGGGAAGAGAACGAGGCGUUAAGGAGGGACUCGGAGUCAUCCUCGAGAGCCAAUGAUGCGUCUCGCGAAGAGUACGAUGUGUUCCUGAGUUUCCGGGGACCGGAUACUCGCAAUGGAUUCGCCAAUUGCCUCUACCAUCGCUUGAGAGAUGCUGGAAUCUGCGUUUUCUUGGAUAACGAAGAACUCCGAUUCGGGAAAGAAAUUAAUGGAGAGCUUUUGAAAGCACUCGACAAGUCUCGAAUCUACAUACCUAUAUUCUCUAAGGGUUAUGCUGAUAGUUCGUGGUGUCUCCGUGAGGUUGUGCACAUGGCAGAACGCACCUCAACGUCCGAUGGGAAGAAAGAGAUACUUCCCAUCUUCUACGACGUGCAUCCGGACGAUGUUAAGCUCAAAACCAAGUUGUAUAGAAAAGCCAUGUCUAAAAACAAGAAGUUUGGCUCCGACGAAUUGAAGCGGUGGGAAAAUGCGCUUGUUGAGGUUGCGCAUAUAAAGGGAUGGGAUCUUAAAGGCAAAGGCCAAGGAAAACAAAUUGAAUUGAUUGUUGAAGAGGUUUCCCGUAAGCUCAAUACAAGACACGUGAUUGUGACCGAACAUUUUGUUGAAGAUACUGCUCAGAUGGAAGCCAUAAUGAAAUUGUUGGAUGUUGGCUCUGGUGGUGUCCGUUUUGUCGGUAUCCAUGGCAUGGGUGGUGUUGGAAAAACAACUCUCGCCAAAGUCAUGUUCAACAAACUAUCUUUUCACUUUGAACGUUGUAGUUUGCUUGAAGACGUUCGAGCAUCAUCACAACCUCAUGGCGGCCUUUUAGAAUUGCAGAAAAAGCUCUUAUUAGAUUUGGCUGGUCAUGGGAUUGCUAACCAAAUUAAACAUGUUGAUGGUGGGAUCAAGACCAUCAAAAAAGCAUUGAGUAAUAAAAAAGUACUCAUUGUUCUUGAUGAUCUAGACAAGAAAGAGCAACUUGAAAAACUAGCUGGAAAAUCUGAUUGGUUUUGUUCUGGUAGCAGAAUCAUUAUCACAACUAGAGACGAAAGCAUACUGAUGACUCAAGUGGGCUCAUCCACUAAAGAGGUCCUCAACCAACCCGAAGGAAUUUUGCGUUAUGAAGUUCAUGGAAUGAGAUAUGAUUUAGCACUUCAUCUGUUUUAUAAGCAUGCAUUCAGGAGUGACUUUGCUAUAGAAGAAUAUGAUGCUCUUUCAAGAGAAAUUGUUCGUAUAGUGGGCAUGCUUCCUUUGGCCGUUGUGGUGAUAGGGUCCAAUCUUUUUGACUGGGGCAAAGAUUUGGGGCAUUCAGAUAAAAGAGAAGUAUGGGAUGAGACGCUGAAGAAGUUAAAGGAAGGUCCUUUUGAGGAUGUCCGAGAUACAUUAAUGAUAAGUUAUGAACGAUUAGAGGAUAAGCACCAAGAAAUAUUUCUAGAUAUAGCCUGCUUUUUCAUCAAUGCUGACAGAACAUAUCCGUUUAUCAUGUGGAAGGAUUGUGGAUACUUUCCCAGCAUUGCAAUGAGGGUUCUCUCUCAAAGGUCCUUGAUCAAAAUUAGAGAUGAUAAUAGGCUUUGGAUGCAUGACCAAGUUCGAGACUUUGGAAGAUACAUUGUUCUUCGAGUUUAUCCUCGCAAGUUUUGUAGGGUGUGGAUUCGUGAGGAUGCCCUGAAACUACUAGACGGAAAAAAGAGAAAUGAAGAUGUGGUAGCACUAAGCCUGACUUCCGAUGGCUGCAACCAUAGCAUUGCAUCUGAAGAAUUAGCUGCUCUACCAAAUCUAAGAUUCCUUCGAGUGAAAGGCAUUGAUUUUUUUGGCAACUUCAAGAAUCUUCUUUCGGAGCUAAGAUGGUUUUCUUGGGAAAUUACAAAUAAGGAAUUUUGUACGGAGAAUUUUCAUUUUGCUAGUUUGGUCGUGCUAGACCUUUCAAGGAGCGAUAUUGAAGAUGACUGGGGUGGGUGGAGCCAAAUCCAGAUGACAAAAAAAUUAAAAGUUUUGGAUUUAACGGAUUGCACAAAGUUGAGAAGGACACCCGACUUCUCUAAUUUCACAUCCUUGGAGAUGUUAGUACUUGCUCGAUGUUGCAAUUUAAUCACAAUUCACCCCUCCAUUUCUAAGCUUCAACUCCUAGAGACUUUGAAUAUCAAAGGGUGUAGUUCUCUUGGGGAGUUGCCAGAAGAAGUCUGUUCUCUACAAUCUUUGAAGCAGAUCGUCAUGCCUAAAAAUUUUCAACCCUUGAAGCUUCCGGAGAGAUUUGGCAAUAUGAAAUCUUUGUUGAGUUUUACAUUAAAUGAGAACCCUAAAAUCUGCCAACUUCCCGACUCAAUUGGAGAGGCGGCGAAUCUUACACGCUUAACUUUACACCGGUGCGUGGGUAUAAAGGAACUUCCAAGCUCAAUUGGGGGGUUAAAAAUGUUGUCAGAGUUGGAUGUAUCAGCAUCAGGCAUAGUUGAACUACCCGACUCUAUCGGAAAUUUAAAGAAACUGAGGGUGUUGAGUUUAUGUAGAACGAAGAUAAAGGAGCUUCCUCCUACUAUUGGAGGACUCGAGAUGCUUGAAGGCUUAUAUGCCAACAAAUCCAGGGAUCUGACAGAUAAAAACUUGGAGGAACUUGGGAAGCUAUUCCAUUUGAAGAAAUUGAACUUAGCAUUUACUAGUGUUUCUAGAUUGCCUCUAGAGAUAAGUCGUCUGCAUCUCCAAAAACUUGAAGUGGGUUCGAUUGGGCUUCAACAAGUGCCAGCUCUUCCAUCAAGUUUGAAAUUCCUUGCGAUUCAAGCUAUGGACUUCUCUCUUGUCCCUCACCCCUCAAGCAUCACCGAUUUAGAACAUCUGGAAUUAUAUAGAUUCAACAAUUUAAGAGAUAGAUAUUUCUCUGGUAGGCAGGACUAUGUCUCAAAACUUAAAGCAGCUUUGAUGAGGGAGCAACCGUCCUAUCAGCUUCCAUCUCAUUUGUCAGCCUUGAAACUCAGGGGUAUUAGUCCACUACCCCAUUUUUCCAACUUAUCAAAUUUGACAGUUCUGCACGUAAGUGAAUGUCCAAUAUCACAUCUACCCGUCACUCCAGGUCUAGCACAUUUGAGGGAACUGAACAUAACAAGAUGUGAAUCCCUUGAGGAAAUACCUGGUCUGUCCCUCUUGAGGAGUCUCGAGCGCUUGAAACUGAAGGGCUUGAAUAGUCUAGUUGACAUUCAAGGUUUGGCAGAAUUGGAAUCUUUGCAAUACCUCCUUCUUUCUGGUUGUGAUUUAAUAGGAAAGCUACCCAACUUGUCCAAGUUGGGUAAGCUACAACAUCUAGAGCUAGAAGCUUGUCAAAAUUUAAGAGCCAUUGAGGGCAUUGAGGGCUUAGAAAGCUGGGUGGUGGAUAGUCGUGGCCGCACUAUCUUGGAAAGAUUGUUGAAUAUCUCAAGAUCGACUUGGCUUUCUCACAGAUUACCUAUGUACGAUGUGUACCUGAGUUAUAAGGGACCAGACACUCAUUAUAGCAUUGUCAAUUAUCUUCACUAUUGGAUGUUAGGUGAACGAAUUUCUGUUUAUAGUGAAGAUUAUGACUUGAGGUCCAAUGAAGGGAUUGGGGAAGAGAUUCUACAAGCACUCGCUAACUCCAAUAUCUACAUACCCGUCUUUUCAAGAAACUAUGCUUCCAGUCAUUGGUGUCUCCGCGAACUUGCCCACAUGGUAAAAUGCACGUUAGAAUCAAAGGGGAAAAGAAGAAUCCUCCCCAUUUUCUAUGACGUGGAGAUUGAUGAUGUUAAGCUCGAAACUGAUUUAUACAAAAAUGACCUAGACAAGCAUCGGACGAACUUCGACCACAAUGAAGUGAAGUCAUGGAAAGAGGCCCUAAUUGAGGUCGCAACAAUGAGGGGUUUUGUCUCGAAAAAUAACAGCUUUGAAGAAAUACUUCAAUUGGUUAUUGCAGAGGUUUUUAGAGCAAGGAAAUUGUUAGACGUUGACUCCUGAAGCCUUCUUUUGAUCGGUUGUCAAAGAAAAGGGGAAUGGAUUUGCUAUCAAUGUAAUGAAAUUCUCCCCAAUUGCAUUACAUUUCUAUUGUUUAGAGGAUCUAGAUAUUUCAUUUGGUAAAAAAAUUGGUUUACGAUGCUACUGCUUAGGUGCAUUAAUUACAAGGUUAGCAUAUCUGUACGAACGAGUAUAUCAAUGAACUUACAUGCUCUAUUAGAAGGUUAGUUAAGCUCAUACAUCAAGGGUGCUCUACAAUAGAAGAAAAUGAGCCUUCAUACACAGUUGGGAAAAUCUGAAUCGCUUGUGGAGUUGGAUUGGCGACUGUCAAAUAUAGUUGAUCUACCUGAUUUAAUCAGAAUCUAAAAAGAAUUGAAACUGACUAGGAUGGACUGAUCAUCCAUAAGAAUGUUAUCCAAUGUUGUUGGACUGCUAGAAAUGAUUGAGGGGUUAGGUGCCAGUAUAUGAGUCUAACAGGUGAAAUCUUUGGUGAAUUUGGGAGACUAUCUAGCCCGUUCAAGGAUUUUGGGCUUACACUCAUUGAAGUUAUCUAUGGAUUCCCCACGACUAUCUAUUCUCUCUCCCAUGUCCAUAAACUUUUUUUCUGGACGGUCACUAUGGAAUUUGACAAUCACCCCAGGCUUCUUUAAUCCGUCUUUGUUUUGAUGCAUCUACAUCCGAUUUGUUCAUGGCCUCAUGACUCUGGUUAAUUAGCUUUUCAGAACAUAUCUGACAUUUUCCUUGGCCAAUAGCCACCAGCUUCCAUGUACUCUGUCAUUUUGCCACUUUGGCUUAAGAAAUCUUGCUAUUUUUUUAUCGUGAAGAACUUUUUGGUUCUCGAAGUUCAUGAAACUCAAAGGCAUUAGUCCACUGCCAUACUUUUCAAACUUAAAGAAUUUGGCAGAUCUGUGUUUCCUUAGAUGUCCAAUGUCAAGCUUACCUGUCUCCAGAAUUAAUACAUAUGAGGGAACUGAAAAUAAGUAGAUUUUAAUUCCUCGAGAAAAUACCUGGUCGUCACUCUUGAAGAGUCUACCACACUUGAAUAUGAAUAGCUUGAAUAAGCUAGUUGAGAUUCAACGUUUGUAGGAAUUGGAAAUUUCUUUUUCUUUUUUUUUGCUUUUUUAGUUUUUCUUUUUCUGACGUGAUGCUCACGUGACGCCACAUCAUCACCAUUGGUCCGGAAAACAUUGAUAAUUCGAUGCCAGCCGCCACAUAAGACGGCGAUCUUUUAUUGAAAGGAUAUAUGUGUCACACUAGUACAAGGUAGGGGUUUUUGGUAACAAAAGAAAAAGUUGUAUUGGUUUCACAUUGGUAUUUGAGGUUCUUGGUAGCAUUUUCUUUAGAAUCUAUAAAAGAUUUUGGGACUAAAGUAUUAGCAUUGUUGACCAUUGUAAAAAUUCCAAUUUCUCCAUUGUCAAAGAUACACAGUUGUUGUUCCUUUUAUAUAGAGCGUGUGGGUUUUUGCGAAAUUUUUGAAUGAAAGUUUGGUUAAAUGUCUUUAAGUCCAGUGUGUUAUAGAGAGAUAAUAGCAUUAAAGGAGCUGUGAGAUUGAUUUUUUUUAUGUAUCCAUAACAUGAGAGAGAAGUUACCAGAAAAAGUGAUGAGUAUGGAAUAAAUGAGAUAUUAUUUUCAUUAUAACCCAGGGAAUUUGGAAUUGGAACAAAAUUGAUGAUACUCGUAAAGAUAUGUUAAAUGGAAUGUUUAUAACAUCCGAUUGAUUCAUCAAAACUCAACAAUUGGAAAACAUUUUUCUCGAUUUUCUGCCUUUUGUAUUAUGUAGGAAAAUGAGUCCAUAUAAAAUGUUUUCAUUAUUGGCUAAUUCCUGCAUUUAAAUACUUUUUAUGAUGAUAGAAACAUUUUUUUGUUGGCUCAUUUUCUUAAGCAAUACUAACAAUGGAAAAUAAGAAAAAUACUUUUCUUUUGCUAGUUUACUCAGAAACAAGUGGAAUAAGAACGAUAUAAUCGAAGCAUGUGACAUAACGUCAAAAUAGAUAACACUCUGUAAGUCAACAAUGUUAACUUGAAAAGAAUUCAAGAACUAUGAAGUAAAGGGAAACACUAUGUUAACAUAAGUUCAAAUCUUACAAGAUCUUCAAGGGAAAUACUAUGACAAUGCCCAAAGAGUUGGAGGACUUUUUAUCAUAUGUAGUAAAGAUAAAGAAGUUACUAC